UGCUGCUUCUGUGUGAGCAGGCCUCCGCCAGUCCCUGUAGGGCCACCACCUGCGCAGGGAGGCAGACCUUGCCUCAGGCCAGGAGGGAGGAAGGGGACAGACGAGGGGCCCUGCAGGACCCGGGUGGCAGGUGGUCAGACUGCCUGCGGAACAGGGCAUGGCGCAGGCAGUUGGGGCCCCCCGCUCUGGUGCCGUCCCCGGCCAGCCCUGUGUGUUCAAGCUGGUCCUCUUGGGAAGCGGCUCUGUGGGCAAGUCUAGCUUGGCUCUUCGGUUCGUGAAGAAUGACUUCAAGAACAUCCUGCCUACUGUGGGAUGUGCGUUCUUCACAAAGCUGGUGGACCUGGGUGCAGUGUCUCUGAAGUUUGAGAUCUGGGACACGGCUGGCCAGGAGAAGUACCACAGCGUCUGCCACCUCUACUUCAGGGGGGCCAACGCUGCACUUCUGGUGUAUGACAUCACCAGAAGGGAUUCCUUCUGCAAGGCUCAACAGUGGCUGAAGGACCUGGAGAGGGAGAUCUCCCCAGGAGAAGUCGUGGUAAUGCUGGUGGGCAACAAGACGGACCUCGACGAGGAACGGGAGGUCACCUUCCAGGAAGGGAAGGAGUUUGCAGAGAGCAAGCGCUUGCUGUUCAUGGAGGCCUCGGCCAGGCUGAACCACCAGGUGACCGAGGUCUUCAGCACUGUGGCCCGGGAGCUGCUGCGGAGAGAGGAGGCACAGGGGGGCCCAGCGCCGAAGGGAGAUGAGCGGCUGGCUCUGAAGGCAGGGCUGGCCCGGCAGGCCAGGUGCUGCGCCCGCUAGAGAGUGCCCCCCCAGGAGGGCCCCACUGGCCCUGAGGGUGCCCCUGCCACUCCGUGCUGCUGGUGGUACUGACUCUGACUCACCAUCGACGCUGGCUCCUGGAGCUUCCAGAAUCUGGGUGUCCUAGGAUAAGCAUCCCCCAAAGCCUGCCGGGACUUACAGGAGAGCAGCCUGUGUGGAAUGGCCCCCAGACUGUGUCAGCCUCGCCUCUGCAGACACCAGCUGAUGCCCGGGCGCCUGGGGUGCUGUCCCUCAGCUGCCUCCCCGCCAGGUGCAGAGGAGUGAAACGGGCCGGAGGAAGACACGGAUAGGAACAAACCUUCCUCCUGGGCGGCGGGGUGCACCUGCGUGCUGGGCUUCCCUGGUUCUGGGUGGGAGAGGAGGGAGCAGGCGCAGACGGAGGCACUGCCCAGAGGGCAGCCGGGGUGGGCGGGGCACCAGCCCAGGACUCAGACUUUUAACCUUGGUGUAAAUUGUACUGUUUAUGCAUUUUUCUCCCCAAAUUAAACCACUGUCUAUGA